CUGAGUGACUCAGUGUGGCAGGGGAGAAGGAAAGAGAAGGUUGAGAAGACUCAAGGGAUGAGUGAGGGAAAAAGAAUGAAACAAAGAACGUGAGAGUAGGAGAGAGAGAAAGAGAGAGAGAAAGGUAGUCAGCAUGUGAUACUAUCCUAAUGAAGUCAGUGAGGUUGAUUCAUUUCGUUUAACUUGGACAGCCAGCUUUUCCAGAUGCUGACCGGAUUUUUUGGAUCUACUAUCUGACCACAUGCCACAUAUACUCACACACACACACACACGUUCGCGCCCGCAUGCACGCCGUCUGCCAGCCAGGAGUCUCUGAUCUGCAGACUGGAUCUGCUUUCAUCUCCGGAUGUGCCACCACAUUCAGAACACACCGGUCUACGUCUGGGGUGUGGGUGUGUGUGUAUGUGUGUGUGUGUGUGUGUGCGUGCGUGUGUGUAUGUGCCUCCCGGGGUGACAUGGAACUUGUUGGAUUAACCGUGGAAUGCUGAGCGACUCCCAUCGAGGAAAACCCGAGGAAUAUCGUGGAACGAGUUCAAGAGUUUGGAAUUCUUUCCUUCCUUCAGUGAUGCUUUUGGCUUUUUAAGCCCUUUCAUUUUCUUUUCUGCUCAGUCUGGAGUCUGGAAGUCUGAGAUGAGAUCUGUGUGACUGACACCCCGGCAAGCCGGUCCUCGUGGAAGCGUGUGAGUGUGUGUGAAUAGCUUUAAGUGUGUGCGAUGUUGACAGCGGAUGGAUUGCCCACGGUAAUGCCUGCUGCCACUGCAUAUCCACGACUCGGUGCUAGAGAGUGGAGUUUUUGGGACGUGGUGGGGGUGGACUGUAGCGCUCCUGAGCCACGCUGCAUCUGGGUGGCCGUGUUCCGGGACAACUCGCUCAUCGCACAUGCUUCCAGCAUUGAGUCUGCAUCGACUCGACCCAGAACAGCCUCGUGUGGUAACAGGACAAAGGGGAGAAGAGAUGGGCUCCCGUCGUCCAGCGAUAACCCUCGGCCGGUCCUGGGGGGCGGAGCUGAAGGCAGGGGCGUGUCCUGGCAGGGCCCUCGGACACUGGUGCUCCAUAAGAACUCGCAGGGCUUCGGCUUCACGCUGCGCCACUUCAUCGUAUAUCCGCCUGAGUCAGCCUUGCACACUAGCCUGAAGGAUGAUGAAAAUGGAAACGGAAAGGGUCUACAGCGAAGUCGGCUGGAACCAAUGGACACUAUAUUUGUUAAGAACGUGAGGGAGAAAGGCCCUGCUCACCAGGCUGGUCUGUGCACAGGCGACAGAUUAGUAAAGGUGAACGGGGAGAGUGUAUUGGGUAAGACAUACUCCCAGGUGAUAGCACUAAUUCAGAACAGCGAGAGUGUGUUGGAGCUCUCCAUAAUGCCAAAGGAUGAGGAUGUACUGCAGCUGGCGUACUCUCAUGAUGCCUACCUGAAAGGGAACGCACCAUUUACAGGAGGGGCCCAAAAUCUUCCUGCGCCGCCCCCUCUGUGCUACCCACCACGUUCCCAGCCUCAUCCAAGCCACACCCCCUGCCCCACCUCUCCUCGGUCCCCCCACAUGGGACAAAACCAGCUGGACAACUGGAGCCGCUGGCACGGCUCCGCCUCCAGCCCAUCCCCACCACUUGAUAACCGGACAAGCGCACCUACCACAACCAGUAUGGCCUGGGCAUCAGAGGGCCAUGAAGCAGGGGGUGUCAACCACAGCAGCCCUGCCCAUCGCACAGAGGAAAUCCGGUAUGAUAUGACACAGAGAGGACGUUCGUUCUCUUCCUCGCUUUCCACAAGUCCACCUCACCAAGCUCAACAUGGGAACAAUAGCAAGGACAACUUGUCAUGGGGCAGCCCGCCAAAACCUGCACCAGUGUCAAGUUCAAACCGCACCCAACAAGCCCUCUCUAACUGGUACUACAACCAGGUGUCUGAACGGGAACGGGAGCGGGAACGAGAACGUGAACGUGAACGAGAACGAGAACGCUUAAAUGUCCACUCGCUACACCACCGACAACGCAGUUUCUCUCAGGACCGUCUGGGAGAGCUAAGCCGAAGCAGACGGGCACAUAGGACUGAAUUUCCCCAGAGUGCCUCUCAGGACACAUUGCUGCACUCUGGGCAGCAUUCUCACUGGAUGCAGGUCCAGCCUUCUGUUUGCCAGAACCGUUCUCGCUCUGAGAAUCUUAUUCGCAGUCGCUACGGGCACUCGGGUCGCUCAUUAGAGGCCCUAGACCAGGUACUUUCCCCGCUCUCGCCACACCAUGAAAGACAAGCCUGGCAGCAACAGCCCCCGAGGCAGGGAAGCCAUUUUAGCCCUUCACAUAUGGCACCUAGUAACCAUCAUGUUCACCGCCAUCACCAAUCCAAAUCUUCAGAGCAGCACCGCUGUCAGCAACACCCUCCCCAACAGCACCAACACCCAACGAAGCAAAAUCAAAUGCAUUCAUCACAGCAUCCACCACAGAGCCGUCGUUUGACCUCAUGCCAGAGUGUGGACCAGGAACAGAUCGGUUACCGCAGCUACAGUCCCUCCUUUAACCGCAAGAGUGGACGAAUUCUGCAGCAUGCCCAAUCAUUCCGGGACCCGUCCUACACAGGCCCACGCCUCAGUUGGACCAGUCUUCCAGAGGGCAUGGCCCCAUCUCCUGCUCCAUCCUCUGCCCCUCCUGCUGGCUCAGUGUCUGGAGAAGGACAGGAUGAAUCUCAUCGUCCGACUAACCAUGAAAGAGAGGGUGGGGAGGCAGAGCAGGAGACCCAAGCGCAGGUCCAAGAGGUGGUGCUAAGACAAAAGCCACCCAUGGGCCGAAGGGCUGGCCAUGUCCACCGACUCCCCCUGGCACUUGAUGGCAGUGACCCUCUACUUUUUACCUCGGACCCUGAGGAAGCCUUGCUCAAGUCAGAGGGUUCUUCCUCCCACCGGCAUGCGAACGGUAAUCUUGCACCACUGUCUGUGGAGGAUGACUCGCUGGCCUCUAUCCCCUUCAUUGAUGAGCCAACCAGCCCGAGCGCAGAUCUACGGGCGUGUCACGUCCCUGCCUCGUCCGUCGUGUCCAGUAGCGGCCUUAAAUCCGUCCCCGCUGUGGGGACCAGUCCCGCCUCCCCAACCUUCACCUUCCCCCUCAGCCGUCUCUCCUCCCAUGACUGCAGUGAGUCUCGCACUGAAAAAAAGAAAGAGAAAAAGAGAGAGAGAGAUGCAUGCUCAGGCACACAUUUCAACGCUGAAAUACACAAAUGCAGCAUCAAGUCCAGUCGCCGUUCUUCCUAUCUGUUGGCCAUCACCACUGAGCGCUCCAAGUCAUGUGACGACGGACUGCACAACCUCAGAGACGACGGGCGGGUCUUCUCGAGGUUGCCAAAGAGAGUUAAAAGCUUCUUCGGUGAUGGGUCUCUGGACAGCUUGACGGUGGCUGAUGAGGCUCGCUCUAAGCGUCACUCUGCCUCGGAGCUGGGCAGCAUCAGCUACAGUGAUGUGAGAAAAGAAGGAUGGCUGCACUAUAAACAGAUCCAUACUGAGAAGGGCAAGAAGGUGGGCAGUGCAAUUCGUCCCUGGAGGCGGGUUUUCUCAGUGCUGCGCUUCAGUGCACUCUACCUCUACAAAGACAAGCGGGAGGCGCUGCUGAAAGGUGCCGCCCUGGGAGGCGGAUCUGAAGAUGAGCAACCGAUCAGCAUCCGCGGCUGCCUGGUGGACAUCGCGUACAGCGAGACGAAGCGCAAGAACGCGCUGCGACUGACCACGCAGGACUUCUGCGAGUACCUGCUGCAGGCUGAGGACCGAGACGACAUGCUGGAGUGGAUUAGAGUGAUCCGGGAAAGCAGCAAGACUGACAGCGAGGAGUUGGGUUUCUCUCGACAAGCUCUCAUCAGUAAGAAACUGAAUGACUACAGGAAGCAGAGUCCGACAGGUAAUAAGCCCGACUCAUCUCCCCGAGUGCCACGCAUGACCUUCUUGCUGCCCAAGGCCGACAACAGCGGUGCGCCCCCUCGCUCCCCCAAACACGAAGCCAAAGAGGAGAGCAGUCCUCCCAAGUCUCCAUGGGGCAUCAACUUCAUGAAGAAAGCGAAGAAGGCGGACCCCAAAGCGUUCGGAGUCCGGCUGGAGGAUUGCCAACCCGCCUGCAAUAACAAGUUUGUUCCACUGAUUGUUGAGAUCUGCUGUGGCUUGGUGGAGGAGAUGGGUUUGGAGUACACAGGAAUCUACAGAGUGCCAGGAAACAAUGCUGUGGUGUCCAGCCUGCAGGAUCAACUCAACAAGGGCAGUGACAUUAACACUACCGAGGAGCGGUGGCAGGACCUGAAUGUGGUGAGCAGCCUGCUCAAAUCUUUCUUCCGCAAGCUUCCAGAGCCCCUCUUUACCGAUGAUAAAUACAACGAUUUCAUCGAUGCCAAUCGUAUGGAGAAUCCCAGUGACAGGCUGAAGACCUUGAAGAAACUGAUCCAUGAUUUACCAGAUCAUUACUUCCACACUCUGAAGUUUCUAAUUGGUCAUCUGAAGACCGUAGCCAAUCACUCGGAGAAGAAUAAGAUGGAGCCUCGUAACCUGGCACUAGUAUUUGGACCCACUCUUGUGAGAACAUCCGAGGACAACAUGACGGACAUGGUCACCCACAUGCCUGACCGCUACAAGAUCGUCGAAACUCUUAUCCAACAUUAUGCCUGGUUCUUCAGUGAGGAGCACGACAAGGAUGAAAAGACGCCAGUGGACACAGAGGACGUUCAGCCCGCCCCUAAUAUAGAUCACCUCUUAUCCAACAUCGGCCGAGCUGGCCUCCUGGGUGAGAUCUCAGACUCAACCAACAGUGAUUCAGCAAAAUCAAAGGGCUCCGGAGGGUCAAAACGUGACCUCACAGCCAAGGACUUCCUGACUACGCUGGCCAUCAUGUCUGCUGUGACUCGGAGGCGCAGAAAACGACCCGCCGCCCGCCUCCUGGGCAGCAGCACCGACGAUGACUCCGAACAAGAGCCAAUCAGAGCCAAUUUCACUGUGGAGGGAGAAGGGGAGGGAAAGGAGACGGAGCGGUGUGAAUCUGACACGGCUCCGCGUGCAGAGGCAGAAGAGGAUGAAGAUGAGGAAGAGGAGGAAGAUGACGAAGAGAAUGCGGAAGUGACUAUGGCCUCGCCAGGCAAGGACAAACCCGGAAUGCCUUGUGAGGAAGAAGCGCAUUCGGUGAUCCUCAGUGAGGAAGAGGACCAGAGGGCGGAAACGAAAGGUCGCAGCUGGAGAGGGGAUGACGCACGUUCUAUUGUCUCGGGUUACUCUACUCUCUCUACACUGGGGAGGAGUUUAGCCUCCGAGGGGCGGGGUGAAGAUGCAGAUGAUGAGCAGAGCGAGCUGGUGAGCGAGACGGACAAUGAAAGCGGCUUUGCCUCGCGCUCUCUGACGCAGGAGCGUCCUGAGAAACGCACGCCACCCCCAUCAAAUACGCACACCUCACCAGAGCCGCCUGCACCACGCAGCUUCCUGUACACAAACUACAAAGCCUCCUUACCUUCUCCCACUCCUGCUCCCACUUCCACUCCAGCUCCUCCUCCCAUUCCUCCCAAACGCCCCACCCCCGAGCUUGUAGAAAGAGGAACUGAAAGUGCAGCACGCUCCUCCACUCCCUCCACUUCCUCCUCAACUGCCUCCCAACGGCUCCAAAACCGACCCUCCUUCAACUCCCAUCGCCUUAUUCAGUGUGACACUUUAGCGCGCCGGCGCCUAAAAACAGAAAAGGCCAAAGCUCGUUCCCUAGAUCCUUUAGAAGUCUGUAGUGCUUCACCCAGCGAGGAGGAACCGCAGUCUAACAAAGGGCGAACGAGAACCAGCCUCCCGGAUUCAUCUACUUCGCACUCACCCAAACUGACCCUAUCCACUAGUCACCUGUUAGCUCCGCCCUCUACCCUGGGCUCUACCUCUGGCACCACAAGUCAGGCAUCCCUGGCAGAGCAGGUGCGUGCACGUCUGCUCGGUUCAGCGGAGGACAUGCGUUCUGUGGGGCUGAGAACGCCUCUCUCGCCUGAGACGCGCCGGCGGAGGCGGGCCUGGAGGAGACACACAGUGGUGGUCUCUCCUACUGACUCUUCCCACAAAAGCUCUCAAGUCUCUGGUGCCGUUAACAACAACAACAAACCCCCAGCCCCACCCCCCAAACCUUUCUUUGUAAUCCGACGUCCGGGGGAGAAGCCCAUUCCCGUUGCUCAGCGAUCCUCCGCCGACGCCUCUUCAUCACGCCGGACCCCGCCUACCUCCCAGUUCCACGAAUGCUUGUGACAGCAUUUGAAUCAGAGUAAUCGGAUUCAAUACCGUUUUCCAUUAACACGGUGCUCGUUCUGGGAGCCUGGGAAACUUUUUCAAACAGUUUCCACUGGUGUAAGAGAUUAUAUUUACAUGUUGUACCUCUUUGUGUUAAAGUCUGUGAAAACAGAGCACAGAGGCUUUAUCACAGACCCUGAUCACACCCAAGACAACUUACCUUUAGCAACAUAGUCUGAUUGCUGAUUGUGCAACUUCUUAGCAGCAGUUUCACUAGCAUUAGUUUCAGCAGUGUAGAUACUACACGGUUGCUUAUCAUUUCCAGUGAAACAGUUGUUUCCUCAUCAAACCACUGAGUCACAGUAGGAAUGUUUAACAUUUUUUCAAAAAUCCUUCUGUUCCUGUCUUGUUUUAAAAUAGAAAUAACUCGAGUUGUCAUGGUGACUACCCAUAGCCCCAUUUUGUUUCCAGUCAAGCACCAGUUUAGUUCUGGAUCCACAGCAAUUUCCAAAACUAUUCUGAGAUUCUACGCCCACUCGGGACCCGGCACCUUGUUGGUGGAAGAGGGGUAUCAAAGAACGGGUUCGCUAACUGUGUGUUUUCUAUUUUUUUCUCAUUCAGAGCUGCUCUGCUUGCAUGGCACAGGGCUUCUUUUAAACGUUGCCAAAGUUUUUAUUCUCUUUCCUUCAGCCCUUUUAGUGCCCUUUUAACACAGUGUUACAAAAGGGCCAGAGAGCAGCAGGGUCUCUACAUAACAUUUUAAAGAUCUGCCAGGGUUCUUGCCACACACUUACAUUGAGGUCAUUGUGUGUUUCGGUGCUUCACUGUGUGCUCCCUUAAGACGUGUCCUCAUUCUCUCAAUGUGUCCAAUGGAGGGAAUGGCAAAUAAAAAAAUUCACCCGCUUGUACCUUUCUUUUUUCUUGUUAACCAUGACGAUGCUGCCUCAUCACAGAUCCUGGGACUAUUAUAAAGGGUACACAAACAUUCACAGAAAAACACACAUUCUUUCAUCUGCUCAAGUGUAGACUUCAGCAAAGUAUUAAUGCAGUAUUAGCGAGGCAGUGUUUUGCCGACAUCAAAUGUGUUGAAACGGACCCCUAACCUCGCUCAUAUCCCUUUGUAAAAACACACACACACACACAACUCACUGAGCAUGCGUUUGCUCGUUCUAAGCAUUUCUUUAUCCGUGUAUUUUUGUGUCUGAAAUGUUUUGUGUAUAGUGUGUAUGUGCGUUCAGCUAUUUUGUAACAUUUGUACAAAGCCUUGCUAAGUUAAUCUUGUAAAUAUGCAUAUAAUAUCAUAUUUGUUUUUCUUUUUUGUUUUGUUUUUUAUAUGGUUUACAAAAGCGCACAUAGGUGCGUGAUCAUUUCUUUUAAGAUUUUACUUGAAAUGGUUUCUUUACUGUUUCUUUUUGUUUUGUAUACAGUAUAUAUAAAAUAUAUUAUAUAUUUUGUAUGGAUAUAAUAAGUACUUUCGUUUGGGGUGUUAUUUGUUUUAAACGAAACAAAAACAGAACUAAACCUCCGAUAGACUGUUGUUUAUUUCCUCAUAAAUGGCCUUUUCUCUGUGACUUACCAGUACUAUGCAGAACUCCAUACACCUCAAUGCAAAGAAAAGAACUUUAACCUGCAGAAGAGUGUCUGUCCAACGGCCUGUCACAUGCUAUAAUAAAUUCCUUCUUGCUGGGCAUUGCA